AUGGAACAAGUUCGAGCAGCAGCGCGCGAAAUAGGGUUUCUCUAUGUGGCUGAACAGUCUAGAACGGAGCUGGGCGUUCAAGAGCGCCCAGCAUCGAUCCAAAGUUCACAAGUAACACAUUUAAACAAGACAGCAGAGUUCUUUAAGCAAUCCAUGGAAAAUAACAUGGAAGCCUUUACUGGAUUAAUUCCGAAUAAGGCCACUUACCCGAUACGCUUGUACCUUAUCCGAAGGUUUAAGUACCGGUUACCGGACGGCAGGUUUCAAUAUCAUGGUCUGUUCCUUGCUGGCCACUUGGGUAUCUACGGUGUUUAUCGUGGGCCUGGCAACAUCGCACCAGCGUUGCAGUCGGGAGCUCAAUCCCCUCUCGCCAACCCAUUAGCAUGA